AUGCUUGGAAGACCUUUGGUAGACAGUCUACCAGAACUGUUGUUGGUGCCGUCGAAAAGUUUAGUUCGUUUCGCGUCAACGAAUCCCUCUUCAUCGUCACCGUCUGAUGAGAAACCCGCAGUGAAAUCCACACCAAGAACGAAAUCCGUCUACGGUUGUGGCCUUGUUGCCUCGGGAAGUCUAAUGAACGGUUCGGCAGUCAAAAACGCCUUCAACAGUGAGGCAAUGGAACUGAAAAAACCAACGCAUAUCACGUACUGUAACUCGAAAGCAAUCACGGCGAUUGCGAGUGGCUUUGGAUUCUCGGUGUUUGCGUCCAGAACGAGACUCUACGGUGGUGGCGUUAAUAUUUUCAGCAACGAACUGAAAUCGGAUGGUUUCUGGUCAAGAGGUAGACGUCUCAUGUUCAACGUGAGCGAUCAAGAAGCGAGCGAUACGAAUGGUAGUGACAGCGGCGUUGACGCUGAUCCGGCAAGAGAGAAGAUUAUCGAUAUAGCGGCAGGACGAAGACAUUUUCUGGUGGCAACCAAUAAGCGACUGUAUGCUUUCGGCGAUAACGCUCACGGACAGUGUGGUCAAGAUCCCGAGAAAACGCAAUUUCUUCUGCCGAACAACCCGAAAUCUGCU